AUGGAUGCAAAUAAGAUUGUAUCCAAUAUAAAUAAAGACAAACAGCAAAACAACCCGGAUCAAGAUCCAACUCAUCAUAUGACAAAUGUAGAUGGAGAAGAAUUAAAAAGACAUGUUAAAGAACUCUUGGAUCUUCGACAUAAACAAUUACACGAACAAGUUAAGACCAUGAUGAAUGAACAUAUAGCUAGGUUGGAGACCGUUAAAAGAGGUAUGCUAUUGGAAUAUGAGCAGAGUAAACAAGAUGGUGAUUUAAAUGAUGAAUCAUUGGGAAUUCUCUUAAAAAGAGAAAAAGGUGAUGAUGUAUAA